CCUGCGCGCGCCGCGCCCGCCGCAGCAGCCAUGGCUCCCGGGGCGGGGUCCGAGCCGUGGCCGCGGGAGCCGCUGCGCCUGGUGUGGUCGCUGCUGGCCGCCGCCUUCCUCCUGAGCCUGCUGCUGCAGCGCGUGCCGCCCGGCCUGCUGCCCGGCGGCGCGCUCUUCCAGGACCUCAUCCGCUAUGGGAAAACCAAGGGCGCGGGGCCGGCGCGCCCGGCCGCCUGCCUGGCCUUUGAUGUCCCCAAGAGGUAUUUUUCUCACUUCUACAUCAUCUCGGUGCUGUGGAACGGCUUCCUGCUCUGGUGCCUUACUCAGUCUCUGUUCCUGGGAGCACCUUUUCCACUCUGGCUUCAUGGUUUGCUCAGAGUGCUUGGGGCCACCCAAUUCCAAGGUGGGGAGCUGGCACUGUCUGCCUUCCUCGUGCUGGCGUUUCUGUGGCUGCACAGCUUGCGAAGACUCUUCGAGUGCUUCUACGUCAGCGUCUUCUCCAACGCCGUGAUUAACCUCGUGCAGUACUGCUUUGGAGCCGUCUACUAUGUCCUCGUCGGCCUGACUGUGCUGAGCCAAGUGCCCCUGGACGGCAGGAACGCCUACGUGAGAGGGAAAAGCCUCCUGACGCAGACGCGCUGGUUCCACAUCCUGGGAAUGAUGAUGUUCGUCUGGUCGUCGGUCCAUCAGUACCGCUGCCACGUCAUCCUCGGCAACCUCAGGAAGAACAAAGCAGGCGUGGUCAUUCACUGCAACCACCGCAUCCCGUUUGGAGACUGGUUCGAGUAUGUCUCUUCCCCCAACUACCUGGCGGAGCUGAUGAUCUACAUCUCCAUGGCCGUCACCUUUGGCUUCCACAACUUAACUUGGUGGUUGGUGGUGACAUACGUCUUCUGCAGCCAGGCCCUGUCUGCUGUCCUCAGCCACAACUUCUACAGAAGCAAAUUUGUCUCCUACCCAAAGCAUAGGAAAGCUUUCCUGCCGUUUCUGUUUUAAGAGAACCUCGGAGGCAGGAAGAAUGCCAGCCAGAAGACUUCAGACUUCUACAGCCGGCAGAACAGUUUGGAACUCUGUUCUGUUUUCAUGGUCCUAAGCCGUCACUGAAGGAAUGAGUCGAACAACAUCCCUCAAGAGAAUGAAUGUUGAAGGCGUCUUCAAAGAAGAGAACCUUCUGGCAGACCCAGGAUCUCUGUGUCUGCUUUCGGUGGUGCUUUAUUGAACCAUCUAGCAACCAGAACAUUGAGGAGACUUCUCCAAGCCAUACUGGGAAUAAGGUACUCAGAAUAUACAGACAGCUAGGAAGAGCGUACCUCUGUCCCAGACAGGAGGGGUGCUCGCCGCGGGCUUUGUGUCUGUUAGGGACAGGUUAGCCGAGCACACCACGAGUGACAGAGCUGGUGCUCAGUACCCGUUAUUGGCAUCCAGUAACAGCAAAGGAGCCAUUGGAAGUAACAACACUGUAUGGAUUGGGAGAAUCGAAUUUGUUGGUGUUAGCUUAGCCUGUCAUGUAUUUCUACAAAGAUUUCCAGUUUUGUUAACUUUAAUCAAUAUUAAUUUUCAUUAAUAUUAAUUAAUCAAUAUUAAUUUCCAUCCAUGUGCUCCAAAUCAUAGUCCCCCAGGGGACUUUGGAACCACCUUUAUUUAAUUUUUCUUUUCUUCUUUUUCAUUUUGCAUUUGAUUAAAGAGAGUACCUUGAAUGUGAAAGCAUCUGAAAACCUUUUUGUUGGGCGGGGGAUGGAGAGGUGUCUCUAGUAUUUGGGGCACACCUGGUGAUGCUCAGGGCUUACUCCUGGCUCUGUGCUCAGGAUCACUCCUAGCAGGACUUGGGGGAUCAUGUGGGGUGUCAAAGAUCGAGCCCUGGUUAGCCGUGUGCAUGGCAAGCACUGCACCCUAACCUACCCACUAUACUAUUCGCUCUGGCUCCCCAGAAGAUCAAGUCAGUAUUUUUUUUUGCUUUUUUUUUGGGUCAUACCCAGUGAUGCUCAGGGAUUACUCCUGGCUCUUCACUCAAGAAUCACUCCUGGCGGUGUUCAGGGGACCAUAUGGGAUGCCGGGAUUCUAACCCGGUUUGGCCUCAUGCAAGGCAAAUGCCCUACCCACUGUGCUAUUGCUCCAGCCCCAAAGUCAAUAUUUUUAUAUUUAUACAUAGGAGCCUUUCAUGAGUGACACUGCUUCCAGAUUGGAUAAUGCUGAUGCAGCACUCAUUGAGAACUGUUCAAAUCAAAUCCUGACUUUGAUUUUACCAAAUAGAAUGAACCUGAAGCUAUUUAGGCAUAAACUUUAGACUAAAGAUAGCAUAUGUUGGGGGCCAGAGAAGUCGUACAGCAGGGAGGGCAUGGCCUUGCAUGUGGCUGACCCAGGUUUGAUCCCCGGCGUUCCAUAUGGUCCCCCACUCCCGGCCCCAGAUGCUUGUUUCUGACGGAGCCUUCACUGGGGGCUUAUCUUCCCAUUGUAAAAUGAGCAAUUUUUUGAGUGGGAGACUGCUGUGCUGGCUGUGCUCAGGGCUUAACUCCUGGUUCUGAGCUCAGGGGUCUCCUCUCCUCUUGGUGUUCGGUGGACACCAAGAGGAGACAUGGGGAGCCAGAGAUUGAACCCAGGUCAGCCGCCUGCAAGGCAAAUACCCUACCUGCUCUACCAUAUCUGGGUACCCAGAUUCCCGCCAGGAGUGAUCCCUAAGUACAGAACCAGGACUAAGCCCCGAGCAUCAGUGAGUGUGGCCAAAAUCUAUAUGUAUUUAAAAAAAAAAAAACAAAUAAAGUGAGAUUCUUUUC